UGGUGGACGAGCAGAACACUCACACGGAGGAGCAGGAGCUGCAGUCUCCCACAGACUUCAGGAAGGACAGUGAGGAGGAAAGCAGAGACAACGAGAAGGACGAGAACACUAAAGAACUGGAAGCCUUGCCCUUGACUAAGUCGCCAUGUUCGCCGCCAGAGAGGCGUGUGAGUCGCAGCACGCAGUCCUGCGGCUCCUUUUCCAUCACGCCCUUCACCACAAGCAAGGAGAAUCUGCCUGUUCUCAACACGCGCAUCAUCUGUCCCGGUCUGCGGGCAGGUCUUGCUGCCUCUAUAGCUGGAAGCUCCAUAAUCAGCAAGAUGCUGCUUGCCAAUAUUGAUCCCUUUGGUGCAACACCCUUCAUAGAUCCUGACCUGGACUCUCUAGAGGGCUAUUUGGAGAAGUGUGUGAUGAAUAACUACUUUGGGAUUGGGUUGGAUGCAAAGAUCUCACUGGAGUUCAACAACAAGCGAGAGGAGCACCCAGAGAAAUGCAGAAGUCGCACUAAAAACAUGAUGUGGUAUGGAGUUCUGGGGACGAAAGAGCUUCUGCAGCGGACCUACAAGAACUUGGAGCAGAAAGUUCAGCUGGAGUGUGACGGCCAGUACAUCCCACUCCCCAGUCUCCAGGGAAUCGCUGUGCUGAACAUCCCCAGCUAUGCCGGGGGAACCAACUUCUGGGGCGGCACCAAAGAGGAUGACAUAUUUUGUGCCCCUUCAUUUGAUGAUAAAAUUUUGGAAGUGGUCGCUGUGUUUGGUAGUAUGCAGAUGGCUGUCUCAAGGGUGAUCAAACUGCAGCAUCACCGUAUUGCACAGUGUCGCACGGUGAAGAUCACCAUCCUGGGAGAUGAAGGAAUGCCGGUCCAGGUGGAUGGAGAAGCCUGGAUUCAGCCUCCUGGAGUCAUCAAGAUUCAGCACAAGAACCGGGCCCAGAUGCUGACAAGAGACCGCGCAUUUGAAAACACGCUUAAGUCUUGGGAGGAUAAACUGAAAUACGACAAGCCUCCGCUGAGGCCGCCCCUGUAUCCUCAGCACUCUGUGGAUCUGGCCACAGAGGAGGAGGCCACGCUCAUCCAGAUGUGCGCUCGAGCCGCAGAGGAUCUCAUCACCAGGAUCUGCGAGGCUGCCAAAAACUACCAACUCCUCGAGCAGGAGCUGGCCCACGCCGUCAACGCCUCCUCACACGCCAUCAACAAAACACACCCCAAGUUCCCCGAGAGCCUGACAAGAAACACUGCCAUUGAGGUGGGCAGCACCGUGAAGGCCCUGCACAAUGAGACCGAGUUGCUGCUAGUAGGACGAGUUCCAUUGCAAUUGGACCCUCCGCAUGAAGAGCUGCUGUCCAGUGCCCUGCAGAGCGUUGAGGUUGAACUGGGAAAGCUGGCUGAGAUCCCCUGGCUCUACCACAUCUUACAGCCCAAUGACGAGGAGUUUCCUUUUGUGGUUGUUUUGACUUGUUCCUUCUCUUGGCCUGACCCUGUUUGCUUGUGUCCUGCGAGUGUACGGGGGUUGGACACUGAAGGGGGCUUCUCGCUCUGUACUUGUGUAGUUCAGAGGUGGGGCACUGAGGAGGUGGCCGUCUGGCUGGAGCAGCUCAGCUUGGGAGAAUACAAAGAAACCUUCAUCCGCCACGACAUCCGCGGCUCCGAGCUCCUGCACCUGGAGAGGAGAGACCUCAAGGAUCUGGGGAUCUCGAAGGUGGGUCAUAUGAAGAGAAUUCUACAGGGAACUAAGGACUUGGCCAAGAGUUCGAUGGUGGACUUGUGAGAGACGUCAACACACAUUCCGUUCGUGAGCGAAGAGGAGUUGAAGCGGGAGCUCCGGCGUGGGAAACACUUGGGUGUUGUGGAUCUUUGUACGGAUAGCUUGUAGAAAAGCUAGAAAUGUUUGUUUUGGUGCCAAAACGACAAGGAUUUUGUCCGAGACUAGCCCCAUAGAAAAGCCAUUCCUCACUUAUCGCAUCAACGGCACAAUCAGGUAUGCAAUUCUCAUCAUGCACGCGACCUCUGGCCUCUUUAAACAGAUUCCAAAUCAAGUAGCAGAACAGGACUUCCAAACCGAGAGGAGCACACGGCCUCCGAGUAGCUCACUGGCUCUUUGCCUUGCGGUAGAUGGCAACAAUAGCAGGGCGAUGUGAUGUGUCAGCAAUAUUCUGCACUGUUUACAUUUUAAGGAGACGGGAAAAAGUCUGCUGGUGUAUCGCAAUCAAACGGCAAUCAUCGCAGUGCGGCGAUGCAGUCCAGGAAAGGUCAAAAGGGGUUUCCUUCGCCAGUUACAUACUGAUGCAUGGUAUGCUUGCUAUAUUUGGAUAGCUGUUUUACUGCAUGAUCUGCGUCUUGUUUUUUAUUGUACAAACUAACACUUGAACAAGUUUUAUAUGAAUUUAGUAUGAUGCCAUUUGUUACUACUGAAGCAUCCCUUUGGUCAAAGUAGACUGCUGAUUUAUUUCUAUUUAUCUGUCUGCAUGGAAACCUCGUGUCAAAGCAGUGUCAUGUGCCAUAUUUAUUGUCAGAUGAGCUUUAUUGGUAAGAAAUGUUUUAAUCUUACAGUAGGACGUUAGGUAAGUCGGUGAAAUAAGUACCAAAGCGAAUGUCCCCUGGUUUUUAAAGCGAAAAGAACAUUUCAAAAGUUUAAUUCCCCACCCCCCCCCAAAAUUUUUGAAAUAUUCAUCGAAAAUGGUCAAAUCUGAAGUGGUUCGGAAAAACAUGAACACGGCGACUCUUUGUAGCUUAAAGCAUAUUAUUAUACAUUAGUUGAAAUAGGAUUUUUGAAUAAGAAAUUGCAGUUGACCUGCAACUUUACAUAGUUGAUAUUUACUGAGUUCAGGAACCCAGUGCAAGUAUGAUAGGAUCAUCUACAUUUGGUUGGUGGCAUUACAGGGUAUAAGAGAUUGUUUGUUUGUUAAUAUAUGCACUGUAUAUAAGUCUAAACUGUUAACUCCAGUUAUGAGUAAAGCCUUUGUAUAAUAGAACGCUUACAUGAUAUUAUCAGAUGACACAUUUAUUUGUGUAUAGAGCACCAUAACACAUUUGUGAAUUAUUCUGUUAAGUAAUCACCUUUACACGUUAAGUGCUGUUGUACUCUAUGGAAGGUGCAAUAUUGUAUUUCUUUUGAUACAUUUCUUCUCUACGAAGCUUUAUUAUGUGAGCUUUUUCCAUGGAAAACUAAAAAGAUAAACUUCACACACUCCUCUUUUUUUCGGUUUUGGAUUAAGGUGGACUUUGGGUCAGACAAAUCAUGCCAUGUUCUCUCCAAAAUUCAUAAAUCUUCCAUGAGCAAAUUGUUGAUCCUGUCUAACCGUGCUUCCAGGAUAAUUUGCUAGACGGCUGGAUGUUUCCUCAUACCGACUAUAAAACUGUUGUGCCUCUAUUUUUUCCGCAAAAUGGAAAAUUUCGAGCUCGGAGCUACACGUAGUUCUACAUAAGCCAAACCGACCAACAGCGCAAACGGGACUCAUAACAGUGGAUUUUAGGUUUAUGUUAUAUUAUAAUGUUCCUCUAGAGGGUGUUCGAUAACAUCAAAGUAGUACUUGAUAUAUAUACAGAGCGAAAGUGAGUAGUGUCGGAAAAGAUGUGGUGUUCCCAACCAAGAAAUCCAAUUCUACCCACAAUUUACCUGAAGUGAGAAUUCAAACAAAUAUGGAGGAUGAGAACAGACCUGGAGGAUGGCGUUUGGUCUGUUGGGUGGAACCGAACGGGAUGUUUUUAAAAAGAAAAAUACACAUUUGAAGAGUUCGUUGAGAGUUUAGGCAUUAUUAUGAAACGAUGGGAUUAAAAAUGAGACUAAAUUCACGACAGCGUUCAUUAAUCAAUAAUAGAUUAUAUUAGUGGUUCUCAACUGGUUUUGCUCCAGGAUCUGGAUUUUGCGAUCAACAUCUCAUGGCGCCAAACAAGAAAAUGUCCUUAAAAGUCAUUAAUAUUAUCAUGAACUGACAAUUUUGUGAAUGCGCAAACAGUAAAAGUGUGAUUUACACUUUUUAUAGCUUGUGUGUUUGUUUUCUAAAUGUCAGUGAUGGUUUUAUGCUCUCAGCAGCCAAUAAUUCACCACACAAAACACAUUGUGGUCUGCACAAACCAUGUUUAUUCUUGUUGUAAGUGAACCCGUAUUUAAUGUAGUUUGGCCUUGUCCGUAUUGGCAUCUGUGCAAUACAUCUAGCUUCCACCAAAUGAAAGACGAACUUAAUACCGUCCAGUUUGAUUGGGCGCAUAAUGCUGGACGUACAAAAUGAAAAAUGAGGAAAACAGUUUCUCCUGUCUUUUAAAAGUUGAUAAGCCUAUUUAUAACUAGACACAACUAUACAGUUAAUUGCAUUCUAGCUGCUGAGAACCACUGGCGUCCAUGAUAAAGGCACAACAUUGCAGCCUGCAUUUUUCAGAAAUCCAUGUCAUUUGUCCGUUGCGGUUUAAUUGGCAACUUAAUGUCUCUCACUUCUCGUCUUUUCUCAGUAGUGAGCACCUACUGAGGUUUCAGCAUCUGCCUGUAGGCAUUUCAGGUUGGCUGUUUAAUGGCAGGCCCAUGUGAAAUCUGCGCCAGCAGAACUCCGCAAAACCUCAAGUUUUACACAUUCCCUUUCACUUGCGUAUUCGUUUAGGAAAUAUUUGGGCCUUUCAACUACCACUCAGUCUCUGUAUAACACAUUAUUCCUUUUUAUAAUCCAUUCACAGACAUUUUCUCCAAAAUCGGUGCAGAAAUUGUCACCUGAGCUUAAUAAUAGGUAAGAGAAAAAAACUAAUCUGAUAAACAUUUGAUCCGACAAUCAAAUGGUGCAUUUAUAGCAACUGUUUGCGGUUAUAUAAUAUCGAAACCUAUGUGCACAUACCUCCACGCAUUCUGAAAAACGACUGAAUGUAGGCCUACUGAUAUGCUUUUCAGAUAUGCAUUUCUGAGUGUCCGCAUUGCAAAAGGUAAUUUCCCCAACUAGCUAAACUCAUGACCAAAGACACAAGAAUGCUACGAAGCUCCCCGAAGCCUGGUUUAAUUGGCCAUACAUGAUCUCUGUUUGACAGCUGUAGCAGAUCGACCUUGUAUAUGGUGCCUCUGUAUAGUUCAUUUGUUCACAACAGACUCAAAUCACACAAGUGCAGUCUUCCUCUCAUGCCACACUGAAUACAUGUGCACAUGAUCACAUGAACCUCAGUUCAGUUCUCAAGCCACCACUGAGUGUUUUUCAUUGGAUUGUGAGUGACAGUGGGAUUCGGCUUAUCGAUGAUGGCGAACGUAAAGCUGUAAACUGCCUGGUUUUUCAAAAACAAAUUCAUUUGGGGAAUUUGUAGAGCAAGGCAACAUAUCUUUGACAUGAUUUAUAUCCAGUUAAGAGAAGUGCGAUGUGAGUUUCAUUUGUUUACAUUGUGUUUACAAUGGCACAGUUUCAUUUUUAAGACUACAUGUAUAGGUAUAUUUACAAUACUUGCAUAUUUAUUAAGGUUAAACAACUGACGUGUAUGUGUUUUCACUAUUGGGAUAUAAUGUUACGGUAGUCACUUGUAUUGAUAUCUGGAUGAUUUUGGUAAGUAGUAGCCUAGGUAAUUUUUAUGACUACUAAGUGACUGUUUUCUGUGCCUUUUUAUCAUAGAUGCAUGGUUAACUAUUUAUUACAAUAUGGAGGUCACUGAGAUGUGUAUUUUUGUAUCCUGAUUAAAUAAGUGUUUCGAUUUUGAUGUACAUUUUGAGGUGGUAAAACGCUGCCAGUUGAUAUCUUCCUCCUUCAAUAAAAUUGAAUGCAUA